AUGGAGCAACAAUCCUUCGCCGACGCGCCCGAGCUGUACUCUGCACAAUGGGUCAACAACGAUCAACGACAGCAGAGGAAUCUCGCACCCGCGUCGCGGAUAACUCCGGAGGAGCAGAUGAUGCUCCACGCCGCACAACACAUGCACAACGCCCGCGAUUACUCAAUGUCCAUGAGCCAGUCCAGCGCUGCCAUGACCCAUUCCAUGUCAUUCCAACAACACGCCAUGCCUCGCCAUCCUUUACCCUCCGAAAGCUUCGCCAACAACAGCUUUACCGAAGAUAGCCAGCUGAUGGACCGUGACGACGAAGACUCCAUGGCUGGAGCCAUGGGCAUGCAAAAGUCUAGCUCUGCCAGAUCUAGUGCCAACAACGAAUUGGAAAUGCGUCACCUCUUCACCGCCAACAAACACCGUGGCCUGCAAGAUGUUGCCAAGGAGCUUCACGGCAAUGAGCGAGGCCCCAAUUCCGAACGGACCCGACAGGUAUUCGCCAUGCUCUGGAUCAACUCGGUAUGCUCCAAGGGUAAAGGCUCCGUGCCUCGCGGCAGAGUCUAUGCCAAUUACGCGUCUCGAUGUGCCACCGAGAGGAUCACCGUCCUCAACCCGGCCAGCUUCGGUAAACUCGUCCGCGUCCUUUUCCCCGGCCUGAAGACUCGGCGUCUUGGUGUUCGUGGUGAAUCCAAGUAUCACUACGUCAACUUCACUCUGGUCGAUGACCAGCCUGACCUCAGAGAGCCAGAGCCUCAGAUCCCAAUGGCCAUUUCGGAACCCAGCCGUUCCCAGAGCUUCAGCGCGGCUCCCACCAAGUCGCAACCUGCUAAAGCCGCUCUUCCCUCGCCAGAUGCUGCCAAGCGGCCGGAGAGUCCUGCCCAAGCACCACAGGGUCACUCACGAUCUCACAGCUUCUACAGCCAUCCGAACGUGACCAGCGCGGAUCAUCUGAACUCAUCCACAUCCAAAACAUCGCUCCAAUUCUCGUUUCCCUCCGAAGCGGAUGAGGCCCUCCUCCAGUCCAACGAGCCUCUUGUGCUACCUCGCAUGGAGCCCUUCCUACCCAACGGAACUGACCCGGAUGCCGCGAAGAGCUUAUCUGCCCUGUACAGGUCGCAUUGCACCUCACUAGUCGAAUGUGUUCGUUACUGCAAGGAGAAGACCUUUUUCCAUCUCUACACAUCCUUCCAGGGCACAUUAACCAUGCCGGUGCAGAAGUUGCUUGGCAACCCAGCUCUCGCCCCUUGGAUUGAGGAAUGCGACUUCAUCCUUUACCAGCGCAUGCUUAGAAUCAUCUCCGGGUUGACACUUCAGGUCGUGCCCAAGCCUGUCUUGGACACCUUGCGCAACAUUUCAGAGCGCCUCGUGCCUCAUAUUCGAGACGCUUUCCAGGGACAACCGCACCACGUCAUUCGAGCGAAAGAAGCACCGGCAACUAUUUUCGCAGCCCUGCUCGACCGCGCGUUGAGAGUCAACCUGACUGCUCACGCAGCAGCCAACAUGCUUUCGAACCCAGCCAACCGCGAUCAAAUGUACCUCGAUUGGAUCACGAUGGUCCGUGUACGCAAGGUCGCCGAAUGUGUGCCUACACGUGGCAUGGACGAUCUCGUCAACCUUUUAGUAUCCGAACUUCGCGAUCUUCUCAACCCGAUGAACGUGCCUUGGGAGGUGGAAUGUCUAACGGUUUAUGGCGACAUUGCUUUGAGGAACGGUCGCCAGCCUGGAGCUGAGGGCACUGCGGACGCGAACGGCCAGAAUGUCUUGGAGCGCUGGGUCGGCUUCCUCAAGUCGUUGCCGACACGGUUCCCCUACGCGUCACAUACGGAGAUUGUUUACUGCGUGCAAAGAGUCGGUACAGCAGUGAUGCGGGAUCUCACAAUGGCUCAGGGCAAGAGCUUCGGCUCUUGGUGGGUAACAAAGUGCUGGAUCGAUGAGAUGACUUGCUUCCUUGCUGAGCAGGGUGGUUUCCUGAACAUGAAGACUUCGGGCGCAUCAGCGAUUGCCGCCAACCCCCAAUUGACGGGACAAGAGACGAGCAGGCAAGGAUCCCGUUACAGCACGGGGAGCGAAGAGUUCAACUUCUCCAACCUCCCUCAAGCGCAGCCGGACAAGGCGCCAUUUCCUCCAUCAAACAGCCAGGGACAAGUCGACUCGGCUGGGAUGACGGGCGGCAGCAACCCUGACGAUAGCGGAAUCGGCAUCCGCACACCGGAGGAGGACUUCCCCAUGGACAAGUACACUUUCUCGCACUCGGAGGUCAACCAAGCACUGCUUGCAAACGCUGAGCUGCAGCAAUAA